CCGAUCGCCGAACACAUGCUGAGCUCAGGACAGCACCGUUCCAGCGGCUCCGCCCGUCUCAGCUCGCUAAGCCGCGCUGAAGAUGGCGAGCGAGACAUGGAUGACCUCGAACAUGCCGUUCACAUCGCGUCCUUGGCGGAGAAGAAACGGUUAUGGUGGAGGAACGCACUCAUCAACUGCCUGUUUAUAGCAUCAUGGUUCUUCUUUGCCACGUUGAUAUCUGUGUACAACAAGUGGAUGUUCUCGCCUGAACACUACGGCUUUCCGUCACCGCUCUUUGUCACCACCAUCCACAUGUGGGUGCAGUUCUUGCUUGCAGCCAUGCUGCGGUACACGAUGCCAGGGCGCUUCCGGCCAGCCCAGAGCCCUUCCCGCGGAGACUACCUGCGCAAAGCAGUUCCGACGGGCAUUGCCACCGGCUUGGACAUCGGCCUGUCUAACUUAUCCCUCAAACUAAUCACACUAUCAUUCUACACGAUGUGCAAGUCGUCUUCACUUGUAUUCGUGCUAACGUUCGCUUUCCUCCUUCGGCUGGAGACCUUCUCACUCCGUCUGGUCGGCGUCAUCGUCCUCAUCUGCAUCGGCGUCCUCCUCAUGGUCGCGACCGAGACCCAUUUCGUGCUCUCGGGCUUCCUUCUCGUUACUAGCGCUAGCGCUCUCGGCGGUCUUCGGUGGAGUCUCACACAACUGCUUCUACGAAGCAAGGAUGUCGGAAUGAGCAACCCCGCCGCCACACUCUUCUGGCUAGCGCCGAUAAUGGGAGUCUCCCUCGCCAUCACAUCCGCGAUUGUCGAUGGCUGGGCCAAAGUCUUCAGCAGCCCGUUCUUCGCGACCCCGGAACAGACUCUCAAGACCCUGUUCUUCCUGUUCAGCCCGGGCGUCCUCGCGUUUUGUAUGGUCCUCAGCGAGUUCUACAUCAUCCAGCGCGCCGGGGUCGUCCCGAUGUCCAUCGCCGGUAUUGCGAAAGAAGUGACCACCAUCAUAUGCGCAGCGUGGCUGUUUGGCGACGAGCUGACGCCGCUGAACAUCACCGGAGUCGCCAUUACCGCGUGCGGUAUUGGUCUUUUCACGUGGCACAAAUACGAGCGGUCGAUCAACACGGACAUCGCGCUCGACCCCCAUGGGAACCCGCUGCCGGUGGAAGAAGUCGCCUGUGGGGACAUCGCGCUCGAGGCAGGCGAGAUGCAGCGGCUGACGGAAGAUAUCGAUGGGCCCCUGGACGAUGAAGAUGCAGAAGAGGCCGAGCGUCGGCAUCACGCGGACGGGCGGCUCGCGGAGGAGCAGCUCCUCUUUUCCGUGGAGGACGAGGAGGACGAGGCGGAGUCGGCGGGGAUGCCUGUGAAGGCCGUACGGACAGACUCUCUACCGCCGCCAUACUCAGACGAUGGCGCGGAGCCCUUGCAUCGGGUUUGGGACGACGCAGGGCGUGGACAUACGUAG